AUGGCCCACAUCAACCGCAUCAACACCGAGCGCCUCCGCCCAGACGGGGACUUCGAGUACCGCAUCGGCACAUCUCGGCACUUCCAACACGCAAAGACACGGGACGUGACCGAUAAACAGGUCCAAGAGUACCGGGAGCGCAUGAUCGACGAGCCGAAGACCUGGGAGAGAGAUUUCGAGGUGGAGCGUAUCGCCGGCCAUGACGAGCACGACUGCCUCGUAAUCUUCAAGCCACACUACCGCACCGGCCUUGAGGUUCGCCCAGGCUGGUUCAGGCACAAUGUGUUGAGCAACGAUUUAAUCCAGGCGUAUAAGGAUUUCGUGGCCGAGACUGACAAGGAGUAUGCUGCUGCGAAGGAGGAGCAAGGUGUACAGACGGCUCAAGCAUCCUCGAAGGUGGCGAGGCUGAUACAAGGCGCGUUCCAGGCGCAGGUCAUGAAGCCUGUUGGCGCGAAGUUGAGGGAGGUGGUACUGGAGCGGUACCCAGAUGCUUUUCGCAUUCAAGAUGCGAUGGAUGGCCGCGACGCGACUGCGCAAGACGGCAAUGAUGAAGCGGCCGCCAACUCCAGAGACAGGCAGAAGUCCGAAGAGCCGACCGUACCUUUCUACGAAAUGACAACCGGCAUUGUCGGCGAAGACUCCACGCACUACCUCUUUCUCAACACGGGAGGGUCCGCACGUUGGGUGCAGAAGACGUAUAUGUCUGAGGAAUGGACUGGGCCAUACAAGAUGCAGAAAGAGCAGCUGAUUAGGGCUUUCCAAGGCCAUACUGGUGGCCAGGUGGACUACCAGGGCAGUUGGCGACCAGAUCUGCAUCUCCAUGGGAUGUUUCCUGCAUUCCUGGUGCUCCCCUCGCCCAUAUCCGCGGAGGUCAGGGAAGAAGUCGAGAAAAGAUACCCGGGACUGCUCCACGAGGAGGGAGCUUCGGAUGAUGCGUCCACGAUGGCGCAUUGA